UUUUUCACUUCGGUUUAUACUGACCUUUGCGGGCAGCCAAAUGGGACUACCGUCGAAGCUACAUGGGAUGAUCAGGACAAUGAUGACCAAGACAUGUUCGACAGCUUUGCGUCCAACUUUCAUAUGCCCCCGGACGCAUCGCCCUCGCAGCUCCUGACCUCCAACUUCCAAAGAUCUAAGUCUGUGACCAAACUGGAAGACACGACGAUCAAAGUGGUUGUCAAGUCUGAAGACGUGAAUGUACCCGAGCUGAUUGAACAUGUUGCGCUCAUGAAAAGCGAAGAUGGCAAAUCCGACAUCUGGAAUUUUAAGCACCUUCGUCUCGGACCUCCAGUUGUCGUAAAAGAUAGGUGUCACGUCGGCUUUCGGCGCUCCGUCAUCAGCAACAUGAGCUCGACGCUCCCCCAUCUAUCACUUGAGGCUCUUGGUGGAGUCUUCGACACGCAUUCAACAACUGACAAAGUCAUACCAAAUCAUUCAAGUAUCCAUAGUGCCUUGAUCACGACGCGUCCCUACAAUCCACACCUCCCACUCAUGCGGGAGAUCACCGGUGUCGUGCUUUGCGGGGUCAAGCGUUUCAAUGACAACUCGCCCGUUGAUGAAUCAAUUGACCUCGUCGUCUCUGGAAAGCGGGUGUACUAUGACACAUCCCUUUGGGGCGGAAUUACUCCCCACCAACUGGACCUGCUCCAGCCUCGGGUCACCCAGAAUCGGGUGGCUGGAACCCUGAAGUCCAAGUGGGGAAAGGGUUGGGUCGAAAGAACUAAUGCCGAACUCGCAGACAAGGGGGAUGAAAAUUGCCUUGUCGAGUAUACCGAAAAUGGUCUUCGGUGAUGGAAGGCUCGUAAUUGGCUACACCGUCAUGACAUGUGUUGGAUAUCGCACUGAGUGGUUUGAUGAGUUUUUGCGUUACCAGGCGCAUCCGACACAAAAGGAGGAACGCGAGCACAGGAGCUAAGAAACCCCCUGCGAAAAGGGGUAAAGGGGAACGCACGCCAGAAGGUGUGACAGUGACGAAGAUGAGUUUUCUAACACGGAGGAUGGGAUGAAAGCACGCUUGGGUUCAAUUCAGCAUUUCCGCAAAAUCGGUUGGAGCAGCAACUUCAAGUUCUAGUCGCCGUCUCUAACGUGAGAAGUCUGCAACCAGUCGAGGCUGUACUCGCCUUCACUACAUAGUCGAACACUUACCGUAUUAUAUCUUCACAGAUCUACAAUACUUGCCAAGUAAUUUUC